UCUUCAACAUGAACACCACAACCUUCUUCAACACCACCACUACAACUACCAUGAACAAAGAGAAGCUCGUAGUAGAAAUCAUAGAAGCCACCAACCUCAUGCCCAAAGACGGCGAAGGUUCAUCCUCACCGUUCGUCGAAGUAGAGUUCGAGAAUCAACGGCAAAGAACGCACGUCAAGUACAAAGACCUCAACCCUGUUUGGAACCAAAAGCUUUUCUUCCAUGUCAACGACCUUCAUAACCUUCCUUACAGAACCAUUGAGAUCAAUGUCUUCAACGAGAGAAGAUCCGCUAACUGCAGAAACUUUCUCGGUAAAGUUAGAGUUUCUGGUACCACCAUUGUUAAAGAAGGCCAAGAAACUCUUCAAAGGUAUCAACUUGACAAGAGAAGCCUCUUUUCUCACAUAAGGGGUGAGGUCACUUUCAAAAUUUACCUCACUACAAAGGAUAUUAAUGGUGAUGGUGAUGGUGAUGGUGGUAGCAAUGGAAUAAUAGCUUCUUCUUCUUCUGUUAUUGUUUCAAGGAAGAACAAGAACAAGAAGCUUCAUGGUGGUUCUAACACGGCUGCAACACAAGAGCAUUUGGCUCAAGAGAACAAGAACGUGAUGGUGAUGCAGCAGAUUCAGAACUACUGUGAGAACAAGAACGUUGUUAUUAACCCUGUUAUUUCACCUGUUGUUGGUGGUGGUAGUGGUGGUUCAAGGCUUGGAAUUGCUGCUGGUAAUGGUAAUGGUGGUGGAAUGAGUGUUUUCCAUGGCGGCGGAACAAAUGAGUUCUUGUUGAAAGAAACAAGACCACAACUUGGUGGUGAAUCAUUGAAGAAAGACAAAACAAGUUCAACGUAUGAUCUUGUGGAACAAAUGCAGUACCUCUAUGUUAGAGUUGUGAAGGCACGUGGUGCUGAUGUGGCAUGGUUCGGCAGCGGCAAUGGUGGUGGUAGCAGUGUAGAGCUUGUUGCAGAGGUGAAGCUUGGAAACUACAGAGGAAUCACAAAGAGGGCUAAUUUGGGAAAUUCAGAAUGGGACCAGGUAUUUGCAUUCUCCAAAGACUCCAUUCAGUCCUCAAUUGUUGAAAUUAUUGUUAAGGAAUGCAACAAAGAUGAUUUCAUUGGUAGGGUUUGGUUUGAUUUGAGUGAGGUUCCAAGUAGGGUUCCACCUGAUAGCCAACUGGCACCACAAUGGUACAGAAUGGAGAACAAGAAGGGCGAAAAGGUUGCGAAAUCUGGCGAGGUUAUGGUUUCGAUUUGGUUUGGUACUCAGGCUGAUGAGGCUUUUGCUGAGGCAUGGCAUUCUAAGGCUGCAAAUGUGAAUUUUGAUGGCUUAAGUUCAAUUAAGUCUAAGGUUUAUCUUUCCCCCAAGUUGUGGUACCUUAGGGUUUCGGUAAUUGAGGCACAGGACAUAAUUUCAGGGGACAAAGGUUCUGUUUUGAUGGCCAGGUUUCCCGAGUUUUCGGCUAAGGUUCAAGUUGGGAACCAGGUUUUAAGGACUAGGAUUGCAGCACCAAGUGCCACUAGGAGCUUCUCAAAUCCUUAUUGGAAUGAGGAGUUGUUGUUUGUUGUUGCUGAGCCUUUUGAGGACUAUCUUUUGGUAUCGGUUGAGGACCGGGUUGGGCCGGGGAGGGACGAGGUUGUGGCCAGAGUGGCUCUUACGGUGGCCGCGGUUGAGAGGGGAAUAGACGAGAAACCGGUGACUUCGAGGUGGUUCCCAAUUGAUGAUGGUAACAAGCUUAUGACGAGGUUUGGUUCGCGGAUUCACCUUCGAGUUUCGCUUGAUGGAGGGUACCAUGUGCUUGAUGAGGCUACAAUGUAUAGCAGUGAUGUUAGGCCAACGGAUAAGAGGCUUUGGAAGCCUCACAUUGGUGUUCUUGAGAUGGGGAUUUUGGGUGCCACAGGGCUUAUGCCUGUGAAAUUGAAAGAAGGUAAAGGGGGUGCCAUUGAUUCCUAUUGUGUUGCAAAGUAUGGAACAAAAUGGGUUAGAACAAGAACUGUGGUUGAUUCUUUGUCACCAAAGUGGAAUGAGCAAUACACUUGGGAGGUUUAUGAUCCUUGCACUGUUGUAACCGUUGGAGUUUUUGACAACUCUAGGGUUGAUAAGAGCGCCGCCGUGAACUCCAUCGGGUCACGCGAUUCGAGGAUAGGGAAGGUCAGGAUCAGAUUGUCAACACUUGAGACGGAUAGAGUUUACACUCAUUCUUACCCUCUUUUGAUGCUUCACCCCAAUGGGGUCAAGAAAAUGGGGGAACUUCAUUUGGCUGUGAGAUUCUCUUGUGCUAAUGUGGCUAAUAUGCUUCACAUGUACACUACUCCAUUUCUUCCCAAGAUUCAUUAUGUGAACCCAUUGAGUGUUAAUCAAUUGGAGAGUUUGAGGUACCAAGCUAUGAACGUCGUAGCGUCAAGGCUUAGUAGGGCAGAGCCGCCAUUGGGGAGGGAGGUGGUCGAGUACAUGCUUGACCAUGACUCACAUAUGUGGAGCAUGAGGCGGAGCAAAGCGAAUUUCUUCCGGCUAAUGAAUGUUCUCUCUAGCAUUGUUGCCAUAGGAAGGUGGCUGGAAUCGAUCCGGAACUGGCAAAAGCCGGUUUACUCGGCCUUGUUCUUGGCAAUUUUUCUCACAUUGGUGAUGCUUCCUGAGCUUAUCAUCCCAACUAUGUUGUUCUACAUGGCAUUCUUAGGCCUCUGGCGAUAUAGGUCACGCCCUCGACACCCUCCACACAUGGACACUAGGCUUUCACACGCUGAUAGUGUUUUCCCGGACGAGCUAGACGAGGAAUUCGACUCGUUCCCAACGAGCCGAAGCGCUGAGGUUGUUAGGAUGAGGUAUGAUAGGCUAAGAAGUGUGGCUGGGAGGAUUCAAACUGUGGUUGGAGACAUGGCAACACAAGGGGAAAGGUUCCAAGCAUUGUUGAGUUGGAGAGAUCCAAGAGCUUCAUUCUUGUUUGUGUUGUUGUGCCUAAUUGCUUCUGUUGGUUUCUAUGCUGUUCCAAUUGGGGUGGUUGUUGCACUUCUUGGAUUAUAUUCAAUGAGGCCACCAAGGUUCAGAACCAAAUUGCCAUCUAGGGCUCUUAGUUUCUUCAGAAGAUUGCCAACUAAAGCUGAUAGCUUAUUGUGA